AUGGCCAAGGUGGCCGAGACAGCAUCUAACGGCAUGGAAGAAUCUGUCGUUGAAGUCCUCCAAGAACUCCUGCUGGAGUUUCAAGAUGAGUUGGAAAAUGCGGAUUUAGUGUAUCGGAACACUCGGUUACGUUGGGCGGCUGCCCUGAGGAUGGUCCCGAAGAAAUACCCGAGCGACCUGCGGAUGACGAUUGACUCGAUUCCAACCAAUACGUGCACCGAGCGGAUGCCUAACCUCGAUGUUGCAAUGGGCGUGCUGAAGGACUCGCGCGUCUACUUUACGCUAGAUUGGAUGAAGGGCUAG